AUGAGCACCAGAGGAGGCCCCAGGCCGUUCUGUCAGGCCUGCCACAAAUUCACCAGCUGGAGCCAUCUGACAGCCACACUCCUGACCUCCAUCCUGGCCGCGGUGCUCGGCUCGCUGCAGAUUGGCUACCACACCGGCAACGUCAACGCUCCAGCCAAGAUCAUCGAAGAGUUUUUCAACCACACCUGGAGAGCCAGGCACAACCAGUCGAUGCCAGAUCACAGCCUGACUCUCCUGUGGUCGCUCUCGGUCAGCAUUAAAGACUUUGGAGCCUUGUUGGGCUCGCUGGGAGUCAAAUACCUGGCAGAUUCUUAUGGAAGACGUAACUCCAUCCUAAUCGUGAACUGUCUCUCUGUGGUGGGAGCGUGUCUGAUGUCCACCUCCAAAGCCAGCAAGUCAUUCGAGGUUCUCAUCCUGGGACGCUUGGUGUUCGGUCUCUUCUGCGGCCUCGUGAUGAGUCUCAAUCCGCUCUACAUCCAGGAAGUGUCCCCCACCAACCUGAGGGGGGCCUUCGCCACCCUCAACCAGGUGUCCUUUGCCUCAGGCAUCCUGAUGGGAAUGGUGGCUGGUCUGGAGACAGUGUUGGGUACAGAGCAUUACUGGGCCAUGAUGUUGUCCCUGUCGGUCAUUCCGGCCCUGGCGCAGUACCUGGUGCUGCCUUUCUGCCCCGAGAGCCCUCGCUACCUGCUCAUUAACCGGGGAGAGGAGAGCAAAGCAGAGGCUGCCCUGCUGAGGCUGAGAGGCAGCUCAGACAAGGUGUUUGCUGAGCUGGAAGAGAUGAAGGAAGAGGCCGCCCGCACUCAGAGCGGUGUCACCAUCCACCAGUUCUUCAAGAAGCGCAGAUACAAGCAGCCCAUCAUUAUCGUCCUCAUCAUCAACUUGGGCAGCCAGCUGUCCGGAUUUAAUGCGAUCAUUAAUUACUCCACCAGAAUGUUCCAGGCCAAGUUCGAUCAGGCCAAAUACCUGACUCUGGGCGUGGGGGCUGUCAAUGUGAUGUUCACUCUGGUGGCAUUCUUCCUGAUGGAAAAGGCAGGAAGGAGGAGAUUGCUCCUGACUGGUUUCAUCUCUAUAGCAGUGUGCAACUUACUUAUGACCAUAGUGGAUUCUGUCCUGCACCUGGUCCCAGAGCUGCGGAGCCUGCAGGUCCUGCUGGUUUUCUGCCUGAUUUCAGCCUACGAGCUGGGCCCAGGCCCCAUCUCAUGGUUCAUCGCUGCCGAGCUGUUCGACCAGCCUGGCAGACCCAUCGCUAUGGCCUUCACCAGCAUGCUCAACUGGGGAGGGAAAUUUGUUCUGGCACUCCUCUUCCCUCCUUUACUGAAACUCUGCGGUGAGUACAUCUACCUCCUCUUCAUGGCUGUGGCUCUGGCCGCCUUCUCCUUCACCUGGAUUCGCCUCCCGGAGACCAAAGGCCGCACAUUCGAUGACAUCGCAGAGGAGUUCCGAGGAGCGGAGGGCAUUCCUUUGCACAAUAGUAUUGGAUUCAACACUUUCACCUGA